ACGUGGAGCUGCCAUGCUUGCAUAUCCUCCAGUGGUUGCGUCGGGAGAGAGAGCCAACAUAAUUCAUUACUUGGAUGCAAAUCAGCAGAUCGUAAGAGGUGACUGCAUACUGAUGGAUGCCGGUUGUGAUCUCAAUGGUUACGUUUCCGACAUAACAAGAUGCUAUCCUAUUUCUGGCGAAUUUACAUCCCCCCAAAGGACUCUUUAUGAAGCUCUUUUACAUGUUCACGAACAACUGUUGACAUAUGCCAACGAUACGGAAAAGGUUCGUCUUAGUCGUCUGUAUAGCCGCAUGAUCGAGCUAAUUGCAUCUGCAAUCCUGGAAAUUGGUCUUGUUCCGCAAUCCAUAGAUCACAAGCAACUACUCAAUACAGCCGAAUCCUUGUGCCCACAUCAUGUUAGUCAUUAUCUUGGUAUGGACGUUCAUGAUUGUCCAACCAUUUCCCGUGACAUUGAUCUCCCGGCGGGCACCGUUUUCACAAUCGAGCCAGGACUCUAUAUCCCAGCCAAGUCUUCCUUCCCUGAAGAGUUUCGUGGAAUAGGAUUUAGGAUAGAAGAUGAUGUCGUGGCAAUCAAAAAUGGUGUAGAAGUUCUAACUGAUGCGGUACCUCGUUCUUCCAGCGAAAUAGAAUAUCUUAUGCGAUCUCAGACACGGGGUAUUGGGGCUCAAACGAGAAGUUUCUCAGUACUUGCACCACUUCAUCGUGUUGUCCCGCAAAAGCGCGGCAGGGCUGUACUCGAGUAAAU